GACCAACAAUUUCAACAUGGUACUCAAGCUUGGCGAUGGUUGGUUCGGGUAGGUUUAACGUUUGCAUUCAAUAAUCAAUUUGCAUUCACCGCAGUGGGAGUUAAAUAUGAGCAAGAGUUGAGCCAAAGAAACAAAGAGUCUUCAUUAAUCUCGCAGUUGUAUUUUCAUGACACAGACCAUGAGUUAGCAAAUAGAUUGCAUGCCUAUCCAAGUCUAACUAAGUCAAUAACUAUAAAGAUAAUGCAGGUCCUUGAAAAUAAUCCAUACGCUAAGUUGUUUAGAAAUCUAAAAUGUUUGGAUAAUCUGGACAAUUGUAGGAUAGAUUUAAAAAUUGUUUCUCAAGUAGCUGCACUUUUGGUUGAAGGCCAGGGAGAUGAAGAGCUAUAUAAGCGUCAUGUUCAGGUUUUUGGUUCUGGAGGAGUUUUGCAUGAAAUCCAAUAUUAUUAUGGAUGCUAUAAUCAUUUUCAAUAUCCU